AUGGUGGCCGAGAAGAGGGAUUCAAUGACGAUUAGUCAGAGCCAUGAUUCACCCAGCGAUUUUACUUCAAAAGCUCUGUCUAACGAUGAAUAUCAAUUGGCACAGCUGGGAUACAAACAAGAAUUCUUCCGCACUUUGGGGCUUUUUGAAAACUGGGCAGCGACAUUCACUACUAUGAAUUUCAUCUCCGGUAUUCCCAUGAUGUUUGCCUUUGUGAUGUCCACUGGUGGACCUGAAGCGGCAUUUGCAAACUGGACGAUGGUUGGGGGCCUCUCGUUCGUUGUAUCAUUAGCAAUGGCUGAGAUUGCUUCCGCCCUUCCCGUCGCCGGUGGCAUCUACUACUGGAGUUUUUACCUCGGUGGUAAGAAAUGGGGACCGUUUUUAAGUUGGAUGACCGCUUGGUGGAAUUGGGCAGGCUGGAUAACCGUUCCUUGCGGUGUUCAACAAGGUGCAACUAACUUUCUCAUAUCUGCACUCGAAAUACAAUAUCCAAACGCAGAAGUCUUGACCAAAGGAUGGUUUUCUUGGAUAUUGACUUCUCUGGGAAUUCUGAUUGCGAUGCUUCCAAAUAUUAUUAGCCCGCGAGUUCUGCUAGCGGAAACUUCCAACCAUCGUCGGGAGUAUUUCAACAUUUCUUUAAUAAUAUCAAUGAAGGCGACAGAAAGCAAGCUUCGGAUGGGUACUGCUGGGUUAUAUCGACGCUUUUCCUAUGAUGCGUCUGCACAUCUAGCAGAGGAAACAAAAGAGGCUUCCGAAGUCGUGGCAAAAGGAAUGUGGAUGGCAACACUAUCUGGCUGGCUACUCUCUAUUCCAACCUUGAUCCUCAUUCUCUUUUGCAUACAAGAUUUUGAUGCCAUAAUCGCCGCAACGUACGCAAAUAAUUGGGCCGAAUAUCUUAUGCAGCUUAUCGGCCCUGCUGGUUCUACCGCCAUCCUUGUCCUCUUGUGGGUUGACAGUACUUGCGCAACCGCAUCGGCCUUCAUGUCUGCACAGCGCGUAACAUAUGCUAUAUCUCGCGACAAUGUUCUUCCUUUCUCACGAUACUUUCGGAAACUCACGACUACCCACCGCAUGCCCCUCCACGCUGCCUUCCUUGUCGCCACCGUCUCCAUUGCUAUUUCCACCGCUGUUAUUGGUUCAUCUGUCGCAUUCUCCGCUAUCACGGCCAUGUCCACCAUAGCCACCAAUGUCAGCUACCUCUUCCCUAUUAUAGCCCGCCAAACCGUUGGCGCUGGGGCUUUUGUACCAGCCAAAUGGAACUUAGGUCGAGCUAGCCCAGUUGUUGCUACAAUUUCAAGUGUUUGGAUUUUCUACCUCCUUGUCGUUCUGUCGUUGCCGCAGGUGUAUCCUGUUACUGGGACUACAUUGAAUUAUGCUCCCGUGAUGAUUGGAGCUGUCACUUUAAUAUCCUUGGUAGGUUGGGUGUUUCCAUUCGGACUUGGAGGUAAAUAUUGGUUUAAAGGCCCUCAGACGACUAUUACGGAUGAAGAUGUAUUAGAGGCCACGAUACCAGAAAUGAGCUAG